GAUGGCAGGCACACAUGUCAACAAACCCGAGCCUGGUGAGGUGAUUGCUCAACAAGAAACCUUCAGCCUUCCUUACUCACGUCCUCAUUAUUGCAGAUGCGAAGAGGCAGGGGUAAAAACAAAUAUGCACUUUUCCAUACCAGAUACCCAAGAAUGUAAAGAAGACAACGGGAGCACCUAUGUAGCCUACAACAUUCACAUCAAUGGAGUGUUUCACUGUACAGUUCGAUACCGACAGCUGUAUAGUCUCCAUGAACAGCUGAGGAAGGACUUGGGGGGGUCCACACUCCCUUCCUUCCCCCCAAAAAAGCUUCUACCCUUGUCUCCUACCCAGACAGAAGAGCGUCGAGUCAGUUUGGAGAAGUAUAUUCUUCAGUUGAGUCAAGAUCCCAGGGUCCUUAACAAUGAUGUGUUCAACGGCUUUCUUGUUUCUGCCCAAAAUGAAACCCAACGGGUUGGUGGUGGACAAGAUGAGGUGCCAAUUGACAUUUACAUGAUGAGUGGCCAGAAAGUGACACUCAGCGUUCCAGCAACACUUCAGACUGACGACCUUCUUGAGAAAGUGUGUAGCCACAUUCACCUGCCAAAUGAAUUGGUUUACUACUUUGCUCUUUUCCUUGUUAAGAAAGAAGAAAAUGAUCUGAUUGUUGUCAAGAGAUUGCAAGACUUUGAAAGUCCCUAUAUUUCUCAGAGAUGCGUGAAAGGAAUGCACAGGAUAGUUUUAAGAAAAAAUUUUUGGGACCCAAGCAUUGAUCUUGAUGUCAUGGGUGACCGUGUAGGAUUGAAUCUCCUCUAUGCUCAGACAGUACAGGAUGUGGAGCGAGGUUGGAUCUUAACAAACCGUGAGAUUCAGAGACAACUUGCAGCACUCCAGGCAAAGGGAGCCAAAAGAGAAUAUUUGGAACUAGCAAGAACACUAAAGUACUAUGGAUAUCUACAAUUCCAGCAGUGCACUUGUGAUUUUCCCAAACCAGGCACUCCAGUUUUGAUUAGUGCUGGAAACCGUGAGCUCAAUUUCAGGAUCGAGUGUGAAGAUGGGACUGUGAAGGAGGGAAACUUCAAAGUGACACGCAUGAGAUGUUGGAGAAUAACUGUGCAACAGCCAGUAGAGGGAUCUAGCAGCAGUAACAGUAUUAGCACCACCAGCAACAACAGUAGCAAUACCAACAGCACUAGCAGCAGUAACAGCAGCAGCAGCAGAAGCAGCUGCAGCAGCCUAGAGGGAGGUCGUCAUGUCAACUUGGAACUAUCUUUUGAAUAUCUGAUGAGUCGGGAGGACAUGCGUUGGGUGACAGUCACAAGCUGUCAAGCGGUCCUCAUGUCCAUGUGUCUACAGGGAAUGGUGCAAGAACUCCUCACUCACAAACGUGGCCAUAAAGUCCGGACUCCCAGUGAGCGGGUUCGGAAAGGAAGUUUGUCCUACAUGCGGCGCGAUGGGAGCAGCACACAGGUUACUCUGAACCACACCGGCGAGAGUUUACCAAUGGAUGGAGCUACCCAAUCCCCAAUAGGUGAGUUAUCCCUGAGACGCCUAAGUGAACGUCUCAGUGACCUCAACAUCCUUGACAACCGUCCGUCCACAGCAGCUAAAACCAACGGAAAAGCCGAGCCAAUAAUCUCUCCAUUAGCUGGAAUCUUCAGUCCGCGGAAUUUUCCAAUAGCUGCGGGAAAUAAUUGAGCAUUCCGAGAAAUUACAGGAAAAACCUCUCCAUUCUGCACAUGAGAACAAAUUUUCGAGGACUGCAUCAUGCGCAUUUAUGGAAAAUUCUGAGAAUAUAUCACUGUUCCGGGCAUGGGAACAAAUUUUCGAGAAAUUGCGUCUUGUUUCCGAUGCGGGGGAGUAUGUUGGGCACAUGGGUGGAUGGGCUUAGAGUGCUCAUGAGCUACAAUUGGCUAUUACUGUCAUGUGAUGCCUAUGAUUGGCUAAUGUAUCUCGCAGCCCAUCUCCUCAAACUCUUGCAUCAUGACUCUUUUUUAGUUCAUUGUCUGCUGCCAUUGUACAAGCUUGUACGCUCGCUCACUGCUUUUUUUUUUGCACACUAUCUGUGCUGUACGGUAUACUGUACUGUACAUGUACAUUCAAUAAGUGUGAUAGUACCAUGUGUACAGUACUGUACAGUACGUAUCAGAGUGGAUAGUGUAUACUAGUGUGUAGGUGUAUGUACAGUAUACAAUGCAUGUAUAUUCCCUCCUUCAUGGAGGGAGAGAAGAGUGACAGCAACACCUGCUACAGGAGAUGGUACAAGACAAAGGCAGGCCAUCCUGUAUCAUUGUAUCUCCAUUUGACGUGCCCGCAUCACAAGCUUAAGAGGACUGCAUCAGUAUUGUAUUUUGUUUUUUUACAACAAAUUGUACAUUUACAGUGGUGUUUGCAUAGGUAAAUACAGGACUCUUUCUGUUCGUGCAAGAUGCGUAGAUUAGACUCAGAAAACUUUCUCCAGUUCCCGGAAAAAAAUCCGGGGAUGUGCGAUUUUUUCCAUGGAUGAGAAAAUCCAUCUCCAUACCCGAAAAUCUCUCAAUCCUGGAUCUGCUCUACACCAAAUAUUCUGGCUAUUGGGGAUAUCACUGUGUGUGUAUAUGUCUUUUGCUAUUAGUACAGUACAUUAUAAAGAAAGUUAUUAAUUUUGGCCCAUGUGCUGAGUCAAUCACUGAAAGGAUUGACAUUUCUUUAAGUUGACGUGACAAUUCUUUUUUUUUUUUUUUUUUUUUUCAUUGACCAAACUGCUGUGCAGAAUUUUUGGGCAGAUAUUUCAUGUGUUGCUGUUUUAUUUUGUGUAUGCAUUGAGCUAUUUAAGGAAGACUGAAUGCACCCAUUUUUGGUAUGACCUGAAGAGGUAAAACUUUGUAUGAUAUUAAUAAUUCUGAUUUAUGAUAAUCAGAUAUGUUAACACAUUCUAGCAGAUAACAAAUGCCCUGUACUGCUAAUUGUCGUUGUGUUUUUGUUAUUUAACAUUGUAAAACUCUAUUUGAAAACAAGGUCCAUUAGUUUUGAUGCAACCAAAUUUAUUGCAUAUUUUCAUUAAAAUAAUUAUAUUUUUUAUAGAAUUAGUGAAUUAAGAACUUCCAAAAAUACUCAUAUUCAUUAACAGUUCUGGUAAAAUUAUUACUUCUAGAAUUAAGUUCCGGUGAGGUUUAUUUACAAUACUGGUAGUACGUAGGAACAUAAGUACGUAUUCAUUUCUUUUCACUACUUUGUAUUGAGGAAUGUAGGGGUCUUUGUACAGUGAAACCUCAGAUUUCAAAUAUAUUAAUGAGGUGUGAAAUUCCAAGGUGCCUCUUGAUAAUUUGAACUUUGUUUGAAUAUGGUCGGAUAGUCCAAAAUCUUUGAUAUGAUAGCCUUAUGUACAGUACUGUACAUACAAAACCUGUGAGUAUGCAUUUCCAUCCCAGCCUCUGCAUAGGUCAGUGGUGCACAUGAAUUCUGAAAGUAAUUUUUCACUUUUGGGCUUUCUCUUAACUGAAAUACAGUACAAUAUAUCCAUACCUUUUGUGAAGUUACAUCUUGUUAUUAGCACAGGACUUACUAUGAAAUAGAUCUGUGUAACAAGACCACCCAAAAGUAAUACAUAAGAGGAAAUAUAAAAUGCAUUAAAAAAAGAAAUGGAUGGAUACAGUACACAAAGAUUAUACUGUACAUAUAUAUAUUUUUUUUAACAUUAUUAUGAACACUUGCCAACGUGAGACAGUAGAUUCAACAAGUACCCACCAAGGACAGGCUCUGUAAAGGCUCUGGGAGAUCUGUUGUUUAGUUGUGGCUGUUCCCAUUGUGAUUUGUUAUCUAAAAUUUCUAAAACCCAUGCAAACAGUUUAUAUCCCUCAAACAAAACAAAAAGGCAUGGAUGAUAUGCCCAAAAUAAGAAACAAAACAAAACAGGAAACCCUUCUGAGGGGUGACCAUCAAGCAACAUGCAAACCAUGUGAUAUAACCCCACACUCAAGCUGUUUUUAAAUAAAUUUUUGACAGAUAACAUUUCAUUAUUUCAUGCCAGGCUAAGUCAAAUAUUCACAAACAACAUUGUCCACAUCUCCACACUUUUCACCCUACACUUCCUACAUCUUUCCCUGCCCACCUUUGCACCUGCCUAACUCACCACUCUUUACUGUCCAUUUUUUGCCCUGUCCACCUUUCUUUACUGCUCUACCCUGCCCAAUAAGUGUUUUGCCAGUGUGGUUAACUCCAACUUUUGUUAUGUGGGGUGCAGUACUCUGUAAAUCACCUGUAAGUUUUACUUCUCUAAUUAUAAUUAUAAUUGUUGGAAUUAGUGACAAUUGUUGUUGUUGUUUUUCUUCUUCUAAUGCAUUUACAGUAGGUAAAAUAAUACCCUGUAUAUAAACUUUGGUUUUGGGGAUUCCUGCCGACCACAGGGUUACUUUAUUAAACAACACGUCCUGUUGAGUACAUAUUUUCAACCUUUUGGCUGCCAUGGUCUCUCAAUAAACCGUUAUUUGUUAUUUGAUUAUUAUGAAUAUACUGUCAGACAAAGAUUUUUUUUUUUAAUCCCUACUCACCAGUUUAACAAAGAAAGCUAGAGGAACCAUAUGAGUAAAUGUGACAAGUACUCCAGAGAGUGAAGUAACCAUUCAUAAUUAUGAUCCAUUUGUUUCAUGUGUAAUAAUUUAAGUCAACAUUUGAGAGAUUAUUACUGGCAUUCAAGGUGAAUAGCAAUUCCAUCUGUAGUAACCGUACUCUAGACCGGUCUCAAUUCAAGUAAAUUAUUGAAAGAAUGUUUUUAAAUUACUUUCAUUUACUUUUUUUAUUUCUGUAGCCAUUGGUUUGUUUUAUUUUUAUGCUAAAUUAUUUGUUAUGAAUGUAGAUGUAUUUAUUCAAUAAGAGCAAAUUAAUGUAAUCAAAUAUACUAUGUAUCUUUUGAUUGUUGAGUGUGUGGUUUUUACUGAAGAUGUAACUCUUUCUCAUUACUAUGAGUGGCAAUGUUGAUGGAAGCAGUUCUUAAUUACUUGUGGGAAUGUAACAGCGGUGUGACCAAUCUUGCCUUCAGGAAAUAUGUAAUUUUUCAGAAUUGAA